GGAAGUUAAUAGACGCAUCUCGCACAGAUCCACACUUCACUCCGUUUAAUAAUGGCAGUGACAAGGUCUGUUCUCUGUUUUGGACUCAUUUUGUUCUUCUUCGUGCUGCAGCGUGGCGUUUUUGGACACGUGAUCUGUCCAGGAUGUCAGGCUCCAUUUGUCAGGCUUGAUCACGGAUGCUACAUGUACCUCUUCUCCAAUUUUACUAAAUCGUGGUCAGAUGCACAAGCCUACUGCAGGAGCAAAUAUGCCAAUUUGGCAACAAUAACUUCCCAGCGUGAGAACAAUAUGAUUGUCUCGUACGUACGGAGUAAAUUUCCUGUCAGUUUCAGCUGGUGGCUGGGCGGCAAUGACAUGGCACAGGAGGGCAGGUGGGUGUGGGUGGGCACUAAAAGCGUUAUGACGUAUACUAACUGGUAUCCAGAUCAGCCUGAUGACUCCGGGGGAAGGGAAGACUGCUUGCAUUUGUGGCAGAAUUACGCACACAGAUGGAAUGAUGAAUGGUGUGGUUUUGCAAAGAAUUUCAUUUGUGAACAGUAAUGAAAACAGCUGAAUCUUUGAACAAACUGGGAAUUUAUGAUGGCUCUCGUAAAAUAAGUGUCUAUUAAUUAAUUUAUUUAUUUAUUUUAAGAAUAAAAUGAGGCCUUUUACGGAGAAGGGAUUAAGGAUCUUCUUGGCAAUGUUACACUUAACAUCACAGACUCAUAAUCAUCAAAGAAUGCUAAGUUUGUAUGAAUGGCCUUCUACUGAAACCCGACUUCGUGAUAUUGGUCUGUAAUUGGUCGUUAGGCCCACUUAAUUUUUUUCUUGUCAUUAUCAUACUAGCAUUAUAGGUCCCCUACCCAUGGUGGAAUUUGUUUAAAGGGAUAACUGGAGGUUUUCUAGAUUUUAGGUUGCAUCUGUCUAAAUUCUAAUCUCGCUCAUGUUUGAAACCUAUAGCCCAC